AUGGCGCAAACAGGAGCGGGCGGGUCCUACAACAACCCGCUGAAGAAAUUUAAGCUGGUAUUUUUGGGCGAGCAAAGCGUCGGCAAGACAUCUCUCAUCACACGGUUCAUGUACGACUCGUUCGAUAACAUGUACCAGGCCACCAUUGGCAUUGACUUCCUCUCCAAGACAAUGUAUCUUGAAGACAGGACAGUACGGCUUCAGCUUUGGGACACGGCAGGCCAAGAACGUUUCCGCAGCUUGAUCCCCUCAUAUAUCCGUGACUCAAGCGUUGCAGUAGUGGUCUACGAUAUAUCUAAUGCCAAAUCCUUCCAAAAUACCCGGAAAUGGAUCGACGACGUCCGCGCAGAGCGAGGCAACGACGUCAUCAUUGUGCUGGUAGGCAACAAGACGGAUCUCAACGACAAGCGUGAGGUUACCACCGCCCAGGGUGAGGAGGAAGCGCGCAAGAACAACCUCAUGUUUGUCGAGACCAGUGCCAAGGCGGGUCACAACGUCAAGAACCUCUUCAAAAAGAUCGCGCAGGCUCUGCCCGGGAUGGAAGGGGCUGACGGGUCGGCUGCUGCUUCUGCGCAGGCCAGCUCCCAAAUGAUCGAUGUUAAGAGCACAACUACACCACAGCAAGACGGGUGUGGUUGCUAG